AUGUCCUUUGGGCAUAAAAUUGCGCAGACGGUGCUUGGGUUGGCUUCGGCUGCCGAUAAACUCCAGCCAUGGACCUUUAGGCCCCUCCCCGUCGGCGACGUCAAGCCUGCUGGAUGGCUGCUGGGCGAAAUGCAAGCCAUGGCCACGGGUCUACCCGGCCAUGAGCAUGACUUUUAUAUUUUCGUGAACCAGUCGUCGUGGCUCAGCACACCAGGCAGCGGAGGCUCCGAGUACAGCAACCUGAACGAGGCUCUGCCGUAUUGGUUCAACGGCCUCGUGCCCACCGCCUACAUCCUGGACGAUGACAGGCUCAAGGGCCAGGUGCACGAUGUUGCCGACAAGGUGCUCAGCUUCCAGACAGACGAUGGCUGGAUUGGCCCCGAGACUGGCGACAAGCGCAACUUUUGGGCGCGCACACCCUUCUUCCUCGGCCUCAUCCAGCUCGCCGAAGCAGACAACCAGUGGGAGCAGCGCAUCGUCGCCGCGCUGCAGAAGUUCUUCCAGCUCGGAAACAAGAUGCUGCACAACGGCAGCCAGGGCUUCACCCGCUGCGCCAGCGAUGUUGACUGCACCUGGGGCGAGGUGCGCAUCGCCGACAUGAUCAUCACCAUUCAGUGGCUGCUGGAGAAGUAUCCCUCAAACAACGACAGCCAGCUCUGGGAUACCAUGAACAUGUUUUACGAUCAGACAAACUACAAGUGGGAUACUUGGUAUGAUCCCGCGACUUAUCGUAAGGUUGUCGAUCCUAGCGACAAAACCAUCACUCCGUACAUUCACGGCGUCAAUGUUGGUCAAGGUCUCAAGGCAUCUAGUGUCAUGUGGCGAUUCAAAGGCGGCGACUACUUUCGCCAGCGCAGCAAGAACGCCGUUGACCUGACGUUUACCUACCACGGAAGUGCGUCUGGUUCCAUUCUCGCGGACGAGUGGCAGCGCGACGACUCGCAAUACAUUGGCAGCGAACUGUGCACUGCUGUCGAGACUUCCUACUCACUUGCAUACAUGUAUCAAGUUCUUGGAGACAACAACUACGCAGAUCGCGCCGAGACUGCCGUUACAUGUCGGCACCAAACAUGCCUUUUGCGUGGCGUCGCCACCACCUACGGGAUGGAGCCGCUGUACCCGUGCUGCACUGUCAAUCAUCCCCAGGGCUACCCCAAGUUUGUCACCAACAGCUGGGUCUCGGUCGGCUCCAAGGGCCUGGGCCACGCCCUUCUCGGCCCUACCAAUGUCAACACCAAGGUUAACGGCGGCGAUGUGUCGAUCGAAUGCACCACCAACUACCCAUUUACCAACUCGUUGUCUUAUAACAUUCGCGCGUCCAAGGACUUUGAUUUGUACCUCCGCGUGCCCGAGUGGAUGAACCUGCACACAUCCUCGCUCGCCGUCACUAGAAGUGCCGCUGGCAAGGCCUCUGCGACUGCUACUAUGGCCGUCGAGGCAAGCGACGAUACAGGCAUGCAGAAGAUUCCCAUUUCCCAAGGAACGACCACCCUCAGCUACAGCCUGGGCGUUGGCCCCCGAGUCGAGAAGCUUGCCGACAACACUGUCGCCAUUUUCUGGGGUAACCUGCUUUACGCGCUCGAUGUUGGCUACACCAGCACCACAAGCCUCCCGCACUCGUACGGCGACCCCCGGGGUCCUGGUAUCAGCGGUCUGCCGUUCAAAGAGCUGCGCGACGAGUUUGUCAACAGCACCAAGGAGUGGAACGUUGCGAUUGACCCGUCGACCAUCAAGUACAAUGGCAUCGGUGCCAGCGACUCGAUGCCCAACCCCAUCUUUGAGCACAAUGCGCCGGCCAAUUUCAUGACAGUUGACGGUUGCCAGAUCAAGUGGGACCUGAAGAUGGGUGUCACUCCCGACCGAGUGCCGACGGACCGAACCUGCACCAGCGAGAGGAAGACGUACCGCCUGAUUCCGUACGGCGCUGCCAAGGUGCACAUGUCCCAGAUGCCGACUGUGCAACUCUAG